CCACCCGCUGGCCCUAAAAUCUCCCAGUUCCGGAGCAGGAAGCAGCCGCCGGAGGAGCCCGACCCCUCCGGUGACCCCACCGGGGGCACCAACCCCAGGAAGAGGGAUCGGGGCUGCGUCCCACCCGGCUCCCCGCCGCCGCCCGCAGCCCGCACCCCGAAACCGAAGCGGCAGCGUCUGGAAGCUGUUAAGAAGCUGAACUUCGGUGCAGAUGAUGAAUUGGCUCCUGAUGUCCUCCGAGAUGCUGGCUCAGAGGCAACUUCAGCUCCCCAGAUUGCCAGGUUGGCCACCUUGAACCUCUCUUUUAGCAGGGACCUUGGAACUCUGGUCUUUUCCAGCUUGGACCACCUGGAUGUGAGCGGCAUGGCCCCACUGGAGAUCACGCCGCCCUCCGAGAAGAAGCGGGUCCUCAAGCGGCCCCCCAUCCUGGAGGACUACAUCAACGUGACGUCCACCGAGGGCACCAGGGUCUUCAUGGUCGUGAGGGAUGAUCCUUCCAGGACAGGGGUGGAGCUCCACGAUUCCCUGGGCUGGAAUGCACGCAGGCCGCUCCACUUGCUGGGGGUCCCUUUCUCCUACCUGAAGGAACAAGUGGAUGAAGAGCGUCGAAGGCGUGUUCUGGAGGCGUCGCAGCAGCUGACGGAGGUAAUAAACAGUUGCCUCGACAGCGAGACCAGCACCCAGAGCCCGGAGUCCAACGGGGAAGCGGAGCCGGCAGACGAGGAAUCUGCAUUGCAUUGCCUCUGGGUGGACAAAUUCACCCCCCGGCGCUACAUUGAGCUGCUCAGUGAUGAUUACACAAACCGCUGCCUUCUCAAGUGGCUCAAGCUUUGGGACACAGUGGUGUUCGGGAAGGAGAAUGCUGUGAAGAAGGCCAAGCCCGGCACUGAAGCUCAUCCUCCAUUCAAACAGCCCAAGGAGCAGCAAAGUAAGUGGAAAACGAAGGUUGACCUCACGGAGGAGAUUCUGGAGGCUGAGCUGGACCAGCACAAGAGACCCAAAUACAAGGUCGCCCUGCUCUGCGGCCCGCCUGGCUUGGGGAAGACCACACUGGCCCACGUCAUCGCAAGGCAUGCGGGGUACAACGCCGUCGAGAUGAACGCCAGUGACGACCGCAGCCCCGAGAUUUUCAAAACCCGCAUCGAAGCGGCCACCCAGAUGAAGUCUGUGCUGGGCGCCAACGAGAAGCCCAACUGCCUAAUCAUCGAUGAGAUAGAUGGCGCGCCUGCGGCUUCUAUCAACGUGCUGCUAAACAUCAUCCACUGUAAGGAUGCGGAGGGCGAGGCAGCGGCCGGGGCGGGCCGGAGAAGGCGGCGCGAGGGCGGAUUGCUGCUCAGGCCCAUCAUCUGCAUCUGCAACGACCAGUCCGUCCCUGCCCUCCGGCCGCUGCGGCAGCAAUCCUUCCUGCUCAACUUCCCUCGGACGGCGCCGUCCCGGCUCGCCCAGCGGCUCUGCGAGAUCGCCCUGCGGCAGGGCAUGCGGGCGGACACGGGUGCGCUGCUGGCGCUGUGCGAGAAGACAGAGAAUGACAUCCGCUCCUGCAUAAACACCCUGCAGUUCCUGCAUGGCCGAGGCCAGAAGGAGCUGAACGUGCAGAUGGUGCAGACGAUGAAGAUCGGCUUGAAGGACCAAAACAAGGGACUCUUCUCCAUCUGGCAGGACAUCUUCCAGCUCCCAAGGGCCCAGAGGCACAGGAUAGGAAUGGACCCUGCUUUGCCAGCCCAGCUCCUGGUAGGCGAUGAGGACCUGUUGCACCUCAGGGAGACAGCUGGCUUCAGCGCAUCCUCUCACCGCUUCCACCGCAUCCUGCACCUUGCCGUCUCCUCAGGGGAGCCGGAGAAGCUGGCCCAGGGUCUGUACGACAAUUUCCUGAACAUGAAGCUGCGGGACUCCAGUUUCAGCUCGGUGUGCUCAGCCCUGGAGUGGCUGGGCUUCUCCGACGUGCUCAGCCGCGCCGUCCUGCAUGGGCAGAGCUUCCAGCUGAUGCGAUACCUGCCCUUCCUGCCUGUGGCUUUCCACCUGCUCUUCGCAGCCACCAGCAUCCCCCGGCUCGCUUACCCCAGCAGCCAGCACGAGGCCCUGGCCAAGCUGAACCACAUGCAGAACCUCGUCGUGUCCCUGAUGUCAGGGAUAACACCCAGUGCCCGCAGUCGUGCGGGGCAGCAGUCUCUCAUCUUGGAGGUGCUCUGCCUGCUGCUGGACAUCAUCUCUCCGAAACUCCGACCGGUGAACACGCAACUCUACAGCCUGAAGGAGAAGCAGCAGCUGGCUGACCUCAUCAGCACCAUGCUGGCCUACAACCUCACCUACCAUCAGGAGCGCCUGCCCGAGGGCCAGUACGUCUACAAGCUCGACCCGAACGUGGAGGAUGUCUGCCGGUUCCCAGACCUGCCGGCUCGCAGGCAGCUGACCUACCAGGCCAAGCAGCUCAUCGCCAGGGAGAUCGAGCUGGAGAAGAUGAGGAGGACGGAAGCUUUGCUGCAGGCACAAAGCCUGGGCAAGGUAGAGAGGGCUUGCCUGUGGUUUCAGGGGGGGGGGCUGGCUGUGCCCCCCAACCACCAGCAGCGCCUGGAGCACAUCGUCCGGAGGGCGGCUGUGGAGGACAAG